AUGCCGACUGGUCCGUCAGUGACGCUGCAAAGAGUUCACGGGAUCACGCCGCUUGUGACGGCCAAUCUCAUUCCGCUUCCUUCCACGACCAGCACCCCGCUAGCGGGCAAAGGUGUACGACCAUCACCGGUCUCAUGUGAGACACUCAGCAAAACAGCAACUCCUAGCAGUGUUGCUGCAGAGAACGCAUCCAACAGUCACUUAAAAAACGGCAGCUUCACUUCUAACCGCAUGGUCGCCUUGGGGGAAAUUUUCACGGAAGCGUCAGAGAUGGCGAGAACAGGGGGCUUACCAGAACGAAGGGACCCCUGCACUUUUGUCUCUAAGCGUAUUGUGUCAAACAAAAAAAAUUAUAUACCCGAAGUUUUCGUUUCGUGGCCGCGCUUUGCGAGUGAUGAUGACCCACGAAUUAUGGAUGAAGCCACGUCCAGAAAAGGUGGCCCUCAGUCCAUUGAUGGAACACCCAGCAACUCUUUCAGCAGUGUUACAGACGAGUGUGUUGCCGUUCGAGUCCCAUGUCAUGACGACCAUUUUAAACAGGUCCAUGACAUUCGUGGAAUAAAGUCGGGCUCAUUGCCGCCGACUAAAGCUUUGGAAUUGACGGGUACUGUUCCUACGAGGGAAGAGACAAAUCCCGGUUUGCAUGUUUCUUCAUUCAAUACGAUUUCGUCUACUCCACACCCUUCUCGAGAUAAGUGCUUCAGUGUGUCACACGUGGCCUUCCCCGUUACAGUCAGGGAUAGACAAAAUUUGUCGCUCAUGACAGCCAAAAGCACUACUUUUGAGCGUCGCACGGUGAAUACCCGUUCACCGCGCGUUGUGAUGCGGGAAGAGUGA